AUGACUUUCACAAACAAUACAAAUAAUGCAAUAUACUUCCUAACACUAACUUCCCUCCUUUUACUACUAAUCUCCCAUGAAGCCUCAUCCCAACAAACACUAUUAGCACCUCUCAACAAGGACACCCAAACUUCCCUCUACACCAUAACACUCAACUCCAACGAGCGCCACGUCAUCGACCUAAGCGCUCCCUUUUCGUGGCGCCAUUGCUCUUCGCCCCGCCAGCACACGGUGGACUGCGUGUCCGCCCAAUGCAUUCAAGCCCAAUAUCUUCUAUCACCCUCUUGCCCCAUAUCAUUCACCAAUCCAUCACCAUUACCAAACCCAUGCACUUGCAUGGUGACUCCUAUAAACCCGAGGACAAAAUCGUGUGCUCUGGAUCGGUUGACCUCGGCGAAUCUUUCUAUAUCUUAUGUCAACCGUGAAAAACCGAGGUCCGAGAUCGAAUUCAAAAAUAUAUACUUAUCAUGUGCUCGGCGAUCCCUUUUUCGGUCUUUUCCGAGAGGAGUUGUAGGUCUUGCAAGCCUUUCUUUAGCACCAUCAUCCUUCCCAUCUCAAUUCUCUUCUUCGAACUUCGGAGUUAGCCAAAAGUUCGCAAUUUGUUUGCCGAGCGGAAGUUCGUCGAGUGGGGUGAUUUCCUUCGGAGACGAGCCCAAUAAUUAUUUUUCAACUAGAAAAAUUGAUGUGUUGAGCCUUUUAUCUCACACUCCGUUACUUAGAAAUCCCAAGACAGCAGAUUACUUCAUCGGGAUCAAAGAGUUAUCGGUAAAUGGAAACUACUCGAUUCCAAUGAAUCCUAAUGAGGGAAUCAAGCUUAGCACGGUUGUACCUUACACAACGUUGAGGACCGAUAUCUUUGAAAAGCUUUUAAACUUUUUCACUAGGUCGAUGAUAAAGGGAGCUCGUUUAUUGAAAAGAGUGAAGCCAUUUAGUGCAUGCUACAAUGCUAGUGAGAUUGGCUAUGGCCGAUUCGGAUUGAACGUGCCGAAAAUUGACUUGGAAUUUGCAAACGGCAAGAAUUGGACGGUACAUGGGGCGAACUCAAUGAGGAGAGUUGGAGGAGAAGUAGCGUGUUUUGCGUUCUUGGAUGGUGAGGCAAAUCCAGAACAUUCGAUCGUGAUAGGGUCGUUCCAGAUGGAGGACAAUUUGUUGUUGUUCGAUCUCGAACAAAUGAGUUUUGGUUUCAGUUCUUCAUUGUAUUCUCAGAGGAUGACAUGUGGCGACUUCGGUAUGGGAAGUAAGGUCUGA